AUGCUGAAAUGGAAUUUGAUGUUGGAGAUAAUUCUAUUAAUGACAAUGAGCCUAAUAGUGCUUCAAGGUAAAUCUCGCAUUUAUGAUAACGGCAGAAUCGGCACUGAUAUUUUCACCAAGGCCGAGUUGAUAAGUAUUCGUUUAGCUCAGCUGAUGCUGCAACACAAGAUUGACAGAUCAUCAUACCGAGAUAUUGUUAGAUUUGUGAACACCAUCAUCUGGAACCACGAUGAAAGCCUGAGGCUACGAUCAGCCAUGGUGAUGCCGUUGGUGCUUUACUACAAUAAAAAUCAAGCAUUAAGGGCCACGAUUGAUCUAAUAAGUGGAAUUUUUGACGGGGAAAACUACAAACAGUUGGUGCAACGAGACUUGUUCUCUAACCCAGAUGAUAUAGCCAUUGUGAUUUAUACCAACAGUUUUGUCAAUCAGGAGAAAGGCUACUACUCGUCCUCUGCUUCUCUGGAUCCCUUAUUGCCGAACUUGUACGGUGGGUUGACGAGGCGUAUAUUAACUAGUUACAGGCAUGGAUGUAUUUUGAAGGCAACACUAGUAUUAUACCUGGGCUUUUUGCUGCUGUUGUUGCUGUUGUUGCUGUUUACCAUAACAUCAGCCAAUAAUUUUGAUCUGAGCUUUGGCUUCCACAUGAGACUGCGUAUGCUUAGAAUGGAUACGGACAGCAUGAUAAGUAAUAGCGAGUACGGUACUGAUAUGAGCAACGACGGGAGAUCUAGUCAAACUAUUGGUGAGAAUUAUUGUAUUAAAAGUGUUGCUGGUAAACCGGUUCCGCUAUUUAUGGCGGUGAAAAUUUUGUUGACAGAGACCAAAUAUGUUAGAGUAAAAGAGAGUACCAAGACAAGUAGAAAUAAUUCUUGGAAACACUCUGAUUACAAUCCUGAUUUACCAAAUGCAGAUAAAAAGGAGUGGACACAAAUUGUAAUACACAGCUAA